AUGCACUCCGCCGUCGCAUGGCUGAGCAAACCGGCUCCAUGUGGCUCUCCCUCGUCGUACCUCUGCCAAAAGGUUUCCGUCCAACUACAUAUACCCACCUCUCUUCCGGCAACCUUGUCCCCCCGCAAUCGAAGCCAGACCCUACAUCCUUCCGCGUCCAUCCUAUCCCGCACUCGCCUCCAUCGAAACAUCGCCGCCCUCAUCCAAGGCAUCACCGCUUCUGUCUAUUCGCCUCGGGUGCAAUGUGUUUGCGUCUCACCUCUUCAUUCUCAGAACAUCGACUACAAGCAUCACAGCACGCCAAUACAUAGACAGACGCAUCCGGGUCGACAGCCUACCCCUACUCUGCUUCACUUGGACCACAUUUCAGUCGCCGAGAUGAAGCUGGACCACAACCCGUUCGGCGCCCUGCGCGCCAAGUCGCGCUCGUUACGGCGCAAGAACGACCGCACGCGCAUCUACGCCUCGUCUACGGUCGCAUGCGACGGAGGCAUGGUAUCGCCCAAGCUUGCCCACGGACGUCUGUCGCACGAGGAUCUCACGGCGCAUGGAGCGUCACGCACCUCGAGCGUGGAUAGCUUUGGACUGAGUCACCACACGCAUCUGCACCACGCCGACCUCGCCACCAACAGCGCGGUGCUGCUGGGCGACGACAAGGAGCUGCACGACCCCAACUUUGUGCGCCACAACUGGGAGAUGAUGACGGGCGAAGCGUUGCCGGACAACCAGCUGCAUAUCGGGCGGUCGGCAUCGCCGCGUCUGACGAGUCGACGCAGCACGUUCUCGUCGCGCACCAACAGCUCGCGGCCGUCUUCGCGCUCGGGAAGCGAGACGGGCGGACACCACACGCCGGCAUUCGGUCUGGGCGUGAGUGCCUUUUCGGGCCUUUCGAGCUACUCGCAAGCGGGCCGGAGCAGCACGCGCUCUUCGUCUUCACGCGGCUUGCAGGUGGAGGGAUCCAUCCUGCGCGAUGAAGAAGCCAUGUUGAGCGACGACGACAGCAGCGACGACGAUGAAUUCAGGGACGACAUGUUUCCCGCCUACCGCCUGCCGACGUCGCGACGCACGAGUCCGAGCCAGCUGGCUCCGCCCUCGCCGCGGACGCUGCUGCACGCCUCGCUGUCCGGAAGCAGCAAACCGCCUUCACCCGUGCCAUCGCACGCCGCCUCGAUGGAACAGCAGCAGGCCGCUGCCGCUUUCCACCGUCGCCGACACUGGACCGUCGCCGAGGGCAGUCAGGCGUACUACGGCCCCAGCGCCCCACACGUUCUCAACGCCAACUCGAACAAGUUCAAAGAGCGCAGCUUCUCCCAACCCGCCUAG